UUGCGUUGGAAACGGCCGGAGCGUCUUUAGAGGUGCUCAAUCUCAGCAGCUAACCGGAGGAUCCAGGAGGUACUGUGUUGAGGUUACAGCACACCUGUUGUGUUGUUGUGUUCACAGAUGGACACCUCUCUGCUGGGGCUCUGAGGAUGAGAGGGUAACACACACUGAGGAUGCCUGCAGGUGAAAGUGAAGCCCGGGCAAAGACCCGGGAACGAUUCAAUGAAGUCCUCAAGAAAUAUUCACAUUCAGACAAAAAGAAAUCAAAGCAGAAACCCCCUGAGGCUCAGGAGGAGAUCCCGAUGCAGACCCUGAAGAAAACGCCUGACCUGGAGAAGCUCUCGGAGCAGGACGACCAGGAGAUACUGCAGAACAUCUACGACCCGGAGCAGGAGAGCCCCCGAUACACCAAAAACCAGCGAAGAGAGGAGCUGAACAACAGCAGGAACCAGGAGACCUCCAGGGGGAAGAGGAGGAGCAGGAGGGAGCUGCCUUUCCUGCCUCCCCCCCAGGAGAAGGGAGGAGAUACUGCAGAACCGGAGGAGAGAGGAGGAGGGAAGGAGGGCAAGAGGAAGAGUAAGAAGGGGAAGGGAAGAGGAGAAAAGGAGGCGAAGGAGGCUGAGGACAAACUGCUGCAGGAGUACCAGCUGCAGAUCGCUCAGCAGGAGACGAAGACUCAAGAGGAAGAGGAGGAGAGGAGUGUGAAGAAGAAGACCACAAAGAGUCAGGGGGAAACACAAAACGUUUCUCUGAAUAACGACGUCGGGAAGAAGAAGAAGAAGAAGCUGAAGUCUGUCGUCACACAGGAAGCAGGAGAGGAAGAUGCUGAGCAGGAUACAGAGCAGGAAAACCAGGCCGAGUCAAAGGAGAAGAAGAAGAAGAAGAAGAAGAAGAAACACGCAGUGAGUGAGGAGGUGGAUGUGGAUGCAGAGGAUGAUGCAGGGGUGCAGGUGGGGCCGGAGUUUGAUGCAAGCCUGGUGCUCAGUGUGUUUGUGCACCGGAGCGACCGGCUGCAGAGCGACCUGCUGGUCUCUCACCCCAUGGUGAAGGUCCAUGUGGUGGACGAGAGGACGGGGCAGUACGUGAGGAAAGAGGACAGCCAUCGCCCGGUGUCGUCGUUCUACGAGCAGCAGAACGUGGAGCACGUCCUCCCCAUCAUCACUCAGCCCUUCGACUUCAAGAAGAACAAGUCCAUCAUCCCCGAGUGGAGGGAGCAGAUCCUCUUCAACGAGCGCUUCGGCUACUUCCUGCAGCAGAGCCAGGAGGAAGGGCCCCGAGUCAUCCUCUUCUUCGAGAUCCUGGACUUUAUGACGAUGGAGGAAGCGCGAGCUCACGCUGCCUUGGACGCCCCUGAGCGAGGAUUCAGGAAGAUAGCGUGGGCGUUCCUCAAGCUGGUGGGCACUAACGGCGUGCUGAACAUCGACAGUAAGCUCCGCCUGCAGCUGUUUUGCCCCCCCGCCCGGGCCAAGAGGACGACAGGCAGCAUCGAGGUGGUGGAGUGGUGGAGCAAGUUUCCCCGACAUAAGUACGCCUCCACCCUCUACGUCACCGUGAAGGGCAUCAAACUCCCCGAGCACGUGGACCCGUGCAUGCGCUCCAUGAUGGCACUGCAGGAGGAGCGCGGCAGCACGUCGUACAGCGAGCUGCAGAGCGAAGCGACCCGGAGUCUGCUGCAACCCACUCACACCCUGCCCCCCCCACCCAGGUGGAGCAGGCUGCCCGGACAGGUGUGCAGGAUCCCCAACAGACCGAUGCUGUCCCUGAGGGGGGGGCAGCUGGGCUGCCUGACACUGCAGUUCUCCCACAGCGGGACGCAGCUUGCUGCAGCCUGUGCCGACAGAGACGCCUUCCCCGUCAUUGUGUAUGAGAUCCCCUCUGGAAAGGCUCUGGGGGUGUUGGGCGGUCACCUGCAGGUGGUGUAUGAUCUGUGCUGGUCGACAGACAAUCGCAGUCUGCUGUCGGCCUCCUCUGACGGGACCGUUCGAGAGUGGAGGGUGGAGGGUCUGCAGGCCUUGGCCCAGAAGGUGCUCCCCCACCCGUCCUUUGUGUACUGCGCUCAGUACCACCCGGCGGCCCCUGGCCUGGUGCUGACGGGGGGGUUUGAUGCUCUGUUGCGCCUCUGGAGGGUGGACGUGCCCGAUGUGAACGGACAGCUGCUGCAGGAGGUCGAAGGUCACCGCAGCUUCAUCAACUCCCUCUGUUUCGAUGCCGAAGGGUGGAGGAUGUUCUCUGCGGAUAACUCGGGCCUGAUCCUGGUGUGGAGGAGCCCAGUAGGUGAAGGAGAGAGGGGUCAGCGCUGGAGUGUGGAGAAGGAGAUCUCAGAGGGGGACCUGCGCAGCGUCCCCAUCAGCAAGCUGCAGCUGCACCCCAACGGACGCUGCCUGCUGAUCCACGCCAGAGACAGCGUGCUGCGCGUGAUGGACAUGCGCAUCCUGGCGGUGAAGCGGUACAUCGGGGCCACGAACUACAGAGAGAGGGUCUGCAGCACCUUCUCCCCCUGCGGGAGCUUCCUGCUCUCCGGCAGCGAAGACGGCAUGGCGUACGUCUGGAACACAGACACUGGAGACCAGCUGGCGGUCUACUCGGAGCUAUGCUUCUCCACGGCGCUGCAUGGGGUCUGCUUCCACCCCCACGAGAACAUGGUGGCCUUCAGUGCCUUCGGACAGGGUCAGCUGAUCCAGCUGUACCUGCACGACCGCUCAGUGUCCCAGCUGGAGGGCCAGAGUCUCAAGGCCAGCAGGUCGGCCUCUGCAGACUCCCGGACCCUUAGGAACCCCCCCGACCCCCUGCACCCCCCCAGCCUGCAGGACUCCAUGGAUCAGCUGAUCCAGAACAGCAGGCUGGCUCUGAAGAUGCAGAGUGUGAAGGAGCAGCUGGACUCUGUGCUGGAGCCCCAUCAGAGGUCGUCUCUGUCGGGAACCAACGAGUCAGAUAAGAUGAGCUUUAUUCACUCAGGGAGGAGCUUCACCCCCGACUCGGUCACAACGGGGUUAAACUCUUCGUUACCUCCCCCCUCCCUCCUCUCUCCUCACGCCAAACUGCAGCUCUCUGGAUCUGUGGCCGAGACGCUGAUACCUCAGGCAGCGCUCAGCACACAGCAACGGGGCUUCAGUCCGGUAGGUCAGCGCCUGAUAGGAGCCUCGUCCCUCCGGCUGCACAGGAGUGCCUCAGAGCGUGUUCCUGCAGGAGGUCAUGAGACACAUUCUGCUGUCCAACAAGUGGUGGUAUCUCUGUACGACUACAGGGCGUCCCGCUCUGACGAGCUAACGCUGCGCCGCGGAGACCUUGUCCAGGUUCUCUACAAAGACAACGAGAACUGGUGGUUCGGCCACCUGUCUGACGGGCAGCAGGGAUACUUCCUGUCCUCAUACGUCUCAGACCAGAGAGAUGAGGAGGGGGCUCAGGCAGCCGAGGAGACGGUGGAGAGAAGAACUCCAACAAAGGUCUCUGCUGCCAUCAGCUCCUCUGGAGAGCUCCGCUUCCUCUCUGAGCCCAACGACACCGAGCCGGAGACACAGGACACCAGCAGAGUGAGGAGGAAGAAGAGGGUGAAGAAGGCGGGACUUCCUGCUGCUUCAGACGCUCCUCAGGACAGUCGGAGGAGAGGAAGAUCUUCAGACAGACCGCUGCCUCACAGACCCUCAGGACACAGCAACACUGCCUUCACACCCGACACGUAGACUACAGACAAUUACAGACACAUAGACUACAGACAGAUAGACUACAGACAAUUACAGACACAUAGACUACAGACAGAUAGACUACAGACAAUUACAGACAGAUAGACUACAGACAGAUAGACUACAGACAGAUAGACUACAGACAGAUAGACUACAGACAGAUAGACUACAGACAAUUACAGACACAUAGACUACAGACAGAUAGACUACAGACAAUUACAGACAGAUAGACUACAGACAAUUACAGACAGAUAGACUACAGACAAUUACAGACAGAUAGACUACAGACAGAUAGACUACAGACAAUUACAGACAGAUAGACUACAGACAGAUAGACUACAGACAAUUACAGACAGAUAGACUACAGACAAUUACAGACACAUAGACUACAGACAGAUAGACUACAGACAAUUACAGACAGAUAGACUACAGACAGAUAGACUACAGACAAUUACAGACAGAUAGACUACAGACAAUUACAGACAGAUAGACUACAGACAGAUAGACUACAGACAAUUACAGACAGAUAGACUACAGACAGAUAGACUACAGACAAUCACAGACAGAUAGACUACAGACAAUUACAGACAGAUAGACUACAGACAAUUACAGACAGACUACAGACAAUUACAGACAGACUACAGACAGAUAGACUACAGACAAUUACAGACAGAUAGACUACAGACAGACUACAGACAAUUACAGACAGAUAGACUACAGACAGAUAGACUACAGACAAUUACAGACAGAUAGACUACAGACAGAUAGACUACAGACAAUUACAGACAGAUAGACUACAGACAAUUACAGACAGAUAGACUACAGACAAUUACAGACAGAUAGACUACAGACAAUUACAGACAGAUAGACUACAGACAAUAACAGACAGACUACAGACAAUUACAGACAGAUAGACUACAGACAGAUAGACUACAGACAGCUGCAGAACUACAGACAGCUGGAGGGAACUACAGACAGCUGCAGAAGUACAGACAGCUAGAGGGAACUACAGACAGCUGGAGAGAACUACAGACACCUGGAGGGGACUACAGACACCUGGAGGGAACUACAGACCGCUGCAGAACUACAGACAGCUGCAGAAGUACAGACAGCUAGAGGGAACUACAGACAGCUGGAGGGAACUACAGACCGCUGCAGAACUACAGACAGCUGCAGAACUACAGACAGCUGCAGAACUACAGACAGCUGCAGAACUACAGACAGCUCUGUGCCCCAUGUGUUCUGCAGGGUGCUCCGGGAGUGUACAGGUUCUUUACUGAACGGUAGAGACGUGGUGUUUAAUGAAGUCUUCAUUUCACACGGUGUGUGGUCAUAUUCAUCCCGCUGUAGGAGAGCGUUAGAGCGGCUGAUCCGAGUAUAAGAGGAAACAUUUCACAGUUUUACUUUAAGGAUAGAAUUUAUUUCAAAUGCAUUUUGAUUUCAGAUUUGACUCUGACUUUGAUCUGAUCAUUUAAACGUGUGUUCAUGUGUAGCUGUUUUGCAGAUGUAGGUAUUAAGUGUGUAUUGUGUUCAUGUUAAUGCUGAUGUAGGGAACUAGAUUUAUUUUCUCAGCUUGUAUUCUGCUCUCCACAGAUAUAUAUUUGUGAAGGUGUGUCAUGUAAAGGCACGGUUUUAUAUCAGAAUUGAGUUUUUAAUAAAAAAUAAAGUGAUA